GCAACUCAUCUACGUAUGUGGAAGAGUUUCUACGAGGGGUAUCCGAUUACCGUUUUCUUCAGUUUUGCUGACUGAAAGACUGGAUCCUUACACUGAAAAAUAAAGUGCAUACCCUGUAACAUUCGCUUAAUUUUUGCUUGUAACAUUUUGUUUCCAAUACGUAGAAGAAAUGAGCAUCGAGACGCUUUUAGAAGCAGCCAAGUUUUUGGAAUUGCAAGCCCAGCAACAACAGAAGGCACGUGAGGAGAAUGAGCUGAGGGAGAAGCUUCGCCUCGAACAGCUGUCUGACCACCCCCACAGGCGCAAUGAUGUCACUUCCUACUCCUCUCCCAUCCAGAUGAACCAUGUGACCCGAGCAGAAGAGCCCUGCCCCCACUCGGAGCGCCGCCCCGCCCCUGUCCCACCCCCACUGCCACCCCCCUCCAUGCCCAUCACCGUCAUCCCUAUCCCCAGGAUGACCUCCAACCACACAGGUCUGUCCCCCACCAUCUCAACCCCUUCCUCCACCACCCUGUCCCCCCAGGCUGGGGCAGCAUCCCACCUGGCCUCCCCCAGGAGGGUCCCUCACUCCCCAAGUCAGGACCUCCAGGGACAGGGUGCACUUUUAGCUGUCUCUCCUCAGGUGAAGACAGACCACCCCCACCACUUGCCUUUGACCCAGUCUGGCAACCACAAGCAGAAUCACCACCACCACCAUCAUCACCUUCCGCAGAUGGUUUCCCCCCAAUCUGGUAACCAUAAACUGCAGCAGCAGUCGCCCCAGCUGGUGCAGCCCUACCCUGGCUCCAUCGUCUCAGCCCCCCAGCUGCAUGCCUUACUCCCCCAGCCAGGGCCCCCCCAGACACCCCGUGGGGCCCAGACCAGCCCUGUUGGGGGCCGAGGCAGCCCCCCUGACCUGGACGGGAAGAAGAGGCCUGGAGGGGCAGGGACAAGAGAAGUACAUAACAAGCUUGAGAAAAACAGACGUGCUCACCUGAAGGAGUGCUUUGACACCCUGAAGAAAAACAUCCCCAAUGCAGACGAGAAGAAGACCUCUAACCUUAGUGUCCUGAGGAGCGCCCUCAGAUAUAUACAGACGUUGAAGCGCAAGGAGAAGGAGUACGAGCAUGAGAUGGAGAGACUGGCGCGGGAGAAGAUCGCUACUCAGCAGCGAUUGGCUGAGCUGAAGAACGAGCUGAGCCAGUGGAUGAAUGUCAUGGAGAUCGACCGUGUUCUCAGACAGACUGUUCAACCAGAAGACGACCAGGCUUCUACCUCUACUGCCUCAGAGGGUGAAGACAUCAUGAAUGACGACAUGGAUGAAGAGAAUGUUCCUGCAGCGCCAACAGCCUUACCCACCAUGCCUCAACAAGCCAUGCAGCCCGAGUUGUACAAGACUGUGACCCCUACUACCAUAACCCCCACAACCUCCAUCCUCACCCAACACAUCUCCAUCCAACACAAGACCCAGAUGUACCCCCAGCCCCAGCUUCACCCACACCCGCUGUCAGCCCUGCCUGUCUCGGCUACGUUCUCCACCCCAACAUCCAGCAUCACCACCACCCCUAUCCAGACCCUCCUAUCGGCUCACACACACAUCGUAAGCUCCCCUAGCACCCUCUUCCCGGCCCACACACACAUGGUGACUGCCCCCGCUCACACUCACAUGGUAAAGGCACCCAGCCUCCAGCCCACGGUCAUCGCCCACGCCUCGGCUUCCCACGCCUCCGUCAUUCAGGCCGUCAACCACGUCAUCCAGGCCCAGGCUUCAUCUGGAGGAGCCAAGCACAUCACCCACCUAGCCCCCUCCUCCUCAACCUCCAUGCAGCUGGCCCCAGGUCACCACCACCACCAGCCCAUCGGACACAUCACCGUCCACCCUGUUACUCACCUGGGCCAGCACCAUCUACCCACCAUCUACCCCCAGUCUGUGGCUGUCACGCAGCCAGCCAUGGUGGGCCACAUCACCCAUACACUCACCCAUGCCCAGGUCAAUGGUACUGCCCCCAACCAGGGCACAACCACCAUUGUGGGAAAGCAGACGGCAGUUGGUGCCCAGGUGGUGACACAUCACCCACAGCUGCUGAACCCUGUAACUAUGGUGACCAUGCCCUCAUUCCCCGUUAGCACUCUGAAGCUAGCCUGAUCUCUGAACCAGGCCAGAGCCAUAACCAGGCCAGAGCCAUCCUGAAGCUAGCCUGAGAACCAAGCUACAUGAACAGGCAGGUGGCCAGAGUCGGGCCGAGGUCGGAGACAGACCUCUAGACCUGGAGACCAUCGGCCCCAGAGCAGACCAGCCGGACAGGAUCAGGAGCCAGCCCAGACUCAGAGCCAAGGGAAACUGAAGUAGGCCCAGAGUGAGGCAGGCACCAGGACUACUGUACUGACAAACAAAUGCAAAAGUCUUCAUACUGAACGCAAGACGCAAGUCCUCAUAUUCACUGAUGAUUCACAAACUGCAUUAUUAACUAACCUGAGGCAUUACAGCUGUCAAUAAGUAACUCAGAACAUUCCUAAAAUAAACUAUAAAAAACGUACAUAAAAAAUAAAUAACCAUUAUAAAGAUAUAUUUAUAUUAUGAGGUGAAAGACAGCAAAUGUUGUUAGGCUGAGUGUGAUGUCCAGGAUGAUCAUGUUGAUGGUGUGUGAUAUUGUAUACGAUACAGUCGAGAGAAUCACAUGAAGACAUUGUCUGUCCCUCUUCCGUAUUCAUAUAUACAGAAGCAAAACAGUAGCUAAUAGUGAGAGAAGGGUGUCAUCCAAUGUCAAAGGCAGUCAGACCUGCAUAUUUUCCCUCAAGACCAGUUUUUAUAUUUCUGGUACAGGGUCAUGGAUUCCACAGCCAAUAGUAUUUACAAACCACACUACUAAUGACUGUGGUGGUGCCACUAUUUUAUCUUAUGAAAGCACCAAGAUAUUAGAUUUAACUGAAGUCUACCGCUGCUACCAGAGGCCAGGGCCUGUAUCCACAAAUCAUCGUUGUGCUGAUCUAGGAUCUGCCCAUAUAAUCUUAUUUGUUAGAAUUUAAAAGGCUAAGCUGAUACUAGAUAAACACUCCUACUCUGAGACACUUUGUGGAUACGGGCCUUGAUGUGACCAGAAGGCAAAGCGUCCAAUUUCAGACAGGCUGAAUCGGGGUCAGAGAGACUGGCUCUCUGGCUGUGUGUGAUUGGUGGGUGUUGGCACGUCAGCAUGGGAUCAGUGUGUGUGCUCUAACAACUAAGCGACAUAAAGGAGCACAUUGAGGACAUGAUUGCUGGGACCUCCCCUUCCCUCUACCCAGGCACAUGGCUGUGGAGUGAAACCUAAAACAGGACCUUUCUGCUCCCACUGCAGCGCUGUCAAAUUACUGCAUGUUCCACAGGCUUCCCCUGCUGGUAAAAAAACACAACUGCAUGUAAAACGAGACAAUGAAUGGUCAUUGAGCAUACUAGUUUGUAAUAACAUAUAUUCAGUUUGUGUGGUCCAAGCCGGAAUCAAACCCAAAUGCCGGCAUUACCAGUUCCACCAUGUGCAUCUGAACCAGGUGAUGUAAAGUGUAACUGAGGACUUUUCACAAAACUGAACAACCACUCAAUUUAGCACAGGAGUAAAACAAGUGACUACAUAUUGCCACGAUUAUAUAUAUUUUUUUACUAAUGGCAGAGCAGGAGCCAUCAUAGCAGGCACAAUCACUGCAAACUGUUCCUGGAGUAUAUCUGUAUGUGUAAUAAAGGAGGUAUAUAGUGAGA